AAAGAUUGAUCUCUGGGCUGGUGAACAUAAUCUCUGUCCCAGUCAGAAAAGGAGAGAGGAGAUUAGCAGAGCGGUUGGUGGAGAAUGAUAUCUGUCAAAAGAAACACUUGGAGAGCACUGAGUUUAGUAGUAGGUGACUGCCGGAAAAAAGGGAACUUUGAAUAUUGUCAAGAUCGUACUGAGAAGCAGUCCACAAUGCCAGACUCACCUGUGGAUGUGAAGACGCAGUCGAGGCUGACCCCUCCAACCAUGCCACCUCCGCCCACCACCCAAGGAGCCCCGAGAACCAGCUCAUUUACACCGACAACGUUAACUAAUGGCACCAGCCAUUCACCUACAGCCUUGAAUGGCGCCCCCUCGCCGCCCAAUGGCUUUAGCAACGGGCCUUCCUCUUCUUCCUCUUCCUCUCUGGCUAAUCAACAGCUGCCCCCAGCCUGUGGUGCCAGGCAACUCAGCAAGCUCAAACGGUUCCUUACCACCCUGCAGCAGUUUGGCAAUGACAUUUCACCAGAGAUUGGAGAGAGAGUCCGCACCCUCGUACUAGGACUGGUGAACUCUACUUUGACAAUUGAAGAAUUUCAUUCCAAACUCCAAGAAGCUACUAACUUCCCACUGCGACCUUUUGUCAUCCCAUUUUUGAAGGCCAACUUGCCCCUGCUGCAGCGUGAGCUUCUGCACUGCGCAAGGCUGGCCAAGCAGAACCCUGCCCAGUACCUCGCCCAGCAUGAACAGCUGCUUCUGGAUGCCAGCACCACCUCCCCUGUUGACUCCUCAGAGCUGCUUCUCGAUGUGAACGAAAACGGGAAGAGGCGAACUCCAGACAGAACCAAAGAAAAUGGCUUUGACAGAGAGCCUUUGCACUCAGAGCAUCCAAGCAAGCGACCAUGCACUAUUAGCCCUGGCCAGCGGUACAGUCCAAAUAAUGGCUUGUCCUACCAGCCAAAUGGCCUGCCUCACCCCACCCCACCUCCACCUCAGCAUUACCGUUUGGAUGAUAUGGCCAUUGCCCACCACUACAGGGACUCCUACCGACACCCGAGCCACAGGGACCUCAGGGACAGAAACAGACCUAUGGGGUUGCAUGGCACACGUCAAGAAGAGAUGAUCGAUCACAGACUGACGGACCGAGAAUGGGCGGAAGAAUGGAAACAUCUUGAUCACCUGCUAAACUGCAUAAUGGACAUGGUAGAGAAAACAAGGCGCUCGCUCACUGUCCUCAGGCGAUGUCAGGAAGCGGACCGGGAGGAGCUGAAUUACUGGAUCCGGCGGUACAGUGAUGCCGAGGACCUGAAGAAGGGUGGUGGCGGCAGCAGCAGCCACUCCAGGCAGCAGAGCCCCGUGAACCCAGACCCGGUUGCACUAGACGCGCAUCGGGAAUUCCUUCACAGGCCUGCAUCUGGAUACGUGCCAGAGGAGAUCUGGAAGAAAGCUGAGGAGGCCGUGAACGAGGUGAAGCGCCAGGCAAUGACAGAGCUGCAGAAGGCUGUGUCUGAGGCGGAGCGGAAAGCCCACGACAUGAUCACGACGGAGCGCGCCAAGAUGGAGCGCACGGUGGCUGAGGCCAAGCGGCAGGCGGCGGAGGACGCGCUGGCUGUCAUCAAUCAGCAGGAAGACUCCAGUGAGAGUUGCUGGAAUUGUGGCCGUAAAGCAAGUGAGACCUGCAGUGGGUGCAACACAGCACGGUAUUGUGGCUCCUUUUGCCAGCACAAAGACUGGGAGAAGCACCACCACAUCUGUGGACAGACCCUGCAGGCACCGCAGCAGGGAGACACACCUGCGGUCAGCUCCUCCGUCACACCCAGCAGCGGGGCCGGGAGCCCAAUGGACACGCCACCAGCAGCCACUCCGAGGUCAACCACCCCGGGGACCCCUUCCACCAUAGAGACAACCCCUCGCUAGAAGUGAACUCAGAACUGUCGGAGGAAGACAACGUAACCAAUCUGAAACCAAUUCCUCAUCCUCAGAUGCUCAAAGUCAUGUUUCUGUUUGUUUGUUUAUAAAUGAACUACCCUAUUUCAGUACUUCAGCAAGAGCAGACCUAACUGUAUCUUGAGGCGGUAGUAAAACGCAGAGGGCCAGUAACGGGUCGUAAUGACUUAUUAUGGAUAACAAAGAUAUCUUUUCUUUAGAGAACUGAAAAGAGAGCAGAGAAUAUAACAUGAAAUGCUAGAUUUGACCUCCUCCCUGUUAUUUUCAAGUAGCUGGGAUUUUAAACUAGAUGACCUCAUUAACCGAUGCUUUACCAAACAGCAAACCAAGGGAUUGCUAAUUGCUGUUGAAAGCAAAACGCUAAUAUUAAAAGUCACAAUGUUCUUUAUAUACAGUAA